AUGAAGUUUUUGAAAUUACCUCAACUGUAUCAUAAUGGAGGAAUUCAUUCCAUUGAUGUUAAUCAAGACAAUACUAUUUUAGUUUCUGGUGGGACGGACAAUAAAAUUGGGGUUUGGAAUUUGAAGAAAUUGAUAGAAUUAUCAAAGUUAGUACUGACACACAAUUCUCCAGAAGUUAGACUAAAAUUAAAAUCACUCGAACCUAAGCAAUAUAUUACUUGUCAUAAAAGUUUAAUUAAUGUGGUUAGAUUUUUCAAAGGAGACAACAAAAGGUUCAUAUCUAGUGAUGUUAAUGGGAAUGUUUUCUUUCAUACUUUACAUGAACAACCUGAAACAAAGCAAUUAUUCCCCUUCAAAAGUAUAGAAACAUCAGAAGUAAAUCCUGUAGUGGACUUGACAAUUUCUGCAGAUAACAGAUUGAUAGCAUGGAGUACAAAUAAUGGGAAAGUAUACUUGUAUGAUGUGGUGAAGGACACAUUUCAAGAAUUGACAUCAAUAUGUCAUGAAAAACCAAUUAUACAAAGAAGUAUUGCCUUUGAUCCUUCAAAUAAUUACUUGAUAACCGUGGGUGAUGACACUCAAAUAAAUGUAUUCCAAUAUCUGUAUGAAAAAGAUGAUACUAGUACUACCACUUACAAGUUCAGAUUAAUUUAUAAAAUAUCCAAAUUGUUUAGUCAAAAUCCAUUGAAUGUGAGAUAUAAAAGAAUAUCCUGGUCACCUGAUGGGAACUUGGUGUCUAUCCCCACGGCAUCGAAAAAUCAAACCAUGUUAAUAUCUUUGAUUUCACGAUCGGAAAAAUGGACUAAUAUUGAAAGUUUAGUAGGGCAUGAUUUUGCUUGUGAUGUGGUUAAAUUCAACCCCAAAAUUUUCUCAUCAAAAGAGAAUGACACCAGCAAAGUCCAUUCAGUUAUUGCAUCUGGUGGUUCGGAUAGAACUAUGGCUAUUUGGAACACAUCAAAGUCAACCCCAAUUACCGUUUUACAAGAUGCUGUUCAAGGAGAAAUACUCGAUAUUACAUGGACUACUGAUGGGACAUCUUUAUUAUUCUGUACAUCACAAGGUAAAUUGUGCAUUGGGAACUUUGAACCCAAUGAAUUGGGAUAUACAUUUAGUCAAGAGACCAUGGAGAGAUUUGUACAAUUGCAAAAUAAUUUGAUAGAACCAAUGAAUUUUAGGUAUCCACACGAACAGACCGUGGGGAAUAGGAAGCAAUUACCACCAAUCGAAUUUUUAAGUCAAAAGAAUGCAAUAUCUACAACAACUUCACUGUCAAAUACAGUUGAAAAUGACAAAAAGAAUGCAGAAGACAAUGUUGGUGUGUCUAAUCAAAGCAAAUCAACUACUACUACUACUACUACCACUAUCAAGGGUGGAGUCAUAACUCCAGAAGUAAUUCCACCUCCAAAAUUGCAAUCAUUAGAUGAUGACAUUGACGGUGAUGGUGAUGAUGAGGAACACAAAAGUGGUGGUAUGCUAGAUUCAGUUAUGAAUGAUCGUACUCAAUCAAGCCCACGAAAACUAAAUAAACCAAAACCCAUUGCUCCUGUUGUAUCAGAUUCAACUACACAAUCACUUUCAUUUAAUAAGCAAAAAGUAACUACAAAAAAUGGGAAAAGACGUAUUCAGCCAAUGUUAAUCUCUAGUGGGAAUUCUGCUCCCUCCGAUUUACCUAGAUCAAACAGUGUGAUAAAACCUGUUGUUAAUACUACCAAAUCCACUAUGGAAUUUGAAAAACCAUCUUAUUCUGUUUCGGAAGAGUUUUAUAAACAAAACAAAAGACCUAGAACUGAAGAAACUACUGGAAGUAAUAAUAACAAAAAACUCAAGCGUGAGAUGGAACCAGUCAAAUUUAUUGGAUCAGUUAUACUUAAUCCAAAUACAUCAUUUUCCAAAAUUCGUUUAGCAACUCCUAAAGUAAGACUUUUUUUCCAAUUGAAAAGUAAAACCGAUGAUGAUGGGGUGUUUAUACUUGACAUUAAAAAUGGAUCAGGUAAUGAAUCCAAACCAUCAAGAUUGACUUAUAUGAAAAAGGAUAAAGAAAUAUGGUGUGAUUUUAUUCCCAAAUAUAUUCAAUUAGCUACCGAAGGUUCGAAUUUUUGGGCCGUCACAACAGUGGAUGGAACGAUUUUGACAUAUUCCCAUGUUUCUGGUAAACGAUUAUUACCAUCGAUUGUAUUGGGGUCACCAAUAUCAUUUCUUGAAAGUUAUGACAAGUAUUUGAUGGUAGUUACUUGUAUUGGCGAGUUGUAUGUUUGGGAUAUGGAGAUCAAAAAAAAUGUCCUCAAAUCUUCGAUAAGUCCAUUAUUGGAAUUGUAUAAUAAAGAAGGGUUAGUAAAAUCCGACAAUAUCACUUUAUGUGCUGUAACAUCAUAUGGUAUACCAUUAGUCACAUUAUCUAAUGGAUCAGGAUAUUUAUUUAACAAAGAUUUAGGAGUUUGGCAAACAAUCACGGAAUCUUGGUGGUGUUUUGGUUCUCAUUAUUGGGAUAGCACCCAAACCGGCAACAGCAGUGGUGGUGGUGGUGGCAGUGGUGGUAGCAACAAUAAACGAUCACUACAAACAAUGAAUAUGUUUAAUGAUGAACAAUCGAUUAUAGAACUUUUAGAACAUAAAACCAAUGAAGAAAUAUUAAGAAAGACUAGGACUGGUCGAGGUAAAUAUUUCAAUAAGAUAUCGAAAAAUAUGUUGAUGAAAGAAGGAUUUGAAAGUUUAGAAAAUACCAUUUCUAUAAGUCAUUUAGAAAAUCGAAUUUUAUGUUGUGAAUUAUUAGGAGAAAAUAAAGAUUUCCAUAAAUUUUUCACCACUUAUGUACAAAGAAUAUGUGAAUUAGGAUUUAAAGCUAAAUUAUUUGAAGUAUGUGAUGAAUUAUUAGGUCCUAUCGAUACAGAUACGGCUAAACCCCCAAACGAGAACAAUUGGGAACCGAAAAUUUGUGGAUUUGAUAAAAGAGAGCUAUUAAAAGAGAUUAUAACUUCUUGUUCGCAAUUUAGAGAUGCUCAAAGAGUAUUGGUUCAUUUUGGUAAAAAAAUUGGUGUUGUGAUAGAUGAAAGUUAA